AUGGACUCGUCGCAGACUCCUGGGGGGCGGGGCGAGCUUCCGUCGUUGACGGUGGGGGAGAAGGCCGAGACCGACUUUCGGAGUACUGAGCUGUUGCAGCGGGCUCAGUGGCUCCGAGCCGCCAUUCUUGGGGCUAAUGACGGGCUGCUGUCGACGACUUCGUUGAUGCUCGGCGUCGGUGCCGCGAAGGAUGAUCGUCGGUCCAUGGUUCUCUCGGGCAUCGCGGGGGCUCUCGCGGGCUCUUUGAGCAUGGCGGUCGGCGAGUUCGUCUCGGUCUCGACCCAGAGAGAGAUCGAGCGGGCGAACCUUGAGAAGCGCGCCUCUGUGACCAAGAUGGAAAAGCCAGAAGAGAUUAUGAUCACCGUCGCUGCUACUAAGCACGACGGGACCGACUCAGCCGAGCCGACUCAGCGGACCCCUUCCAGAAACACUCCGUGCAGGAUGCUGAUAUGCAAAAUAUCGGAAAAGAGUUCGCCGGCAACAACAGGGGAGCCUCAGUUGAUCCCGCUAUUCUCGCCGAGAUCGCCUGCACUCAAGGUGCUUGCCGAAAACUCUGCGAAAGCAAAGCAGGAAAGAAUCGACGGAGAAGAAGCUUUACCCAACCCUUACAAAGCUGCGGCAGCGUCUGCUUUGGCUUUCCUUUGCGGGUCGUUGUUUCCUCUGCUGCCGGCCAUCUUUGUUGCUCAAAACACCCUCAGAAUUGUGAUUGUUGCGGUGGUUGCGUCCAUAGCUCUUGCUCUGUUCGGAGGCAUCGGAGCUCAUCUCGGCGGUUCGCCGGUGAAAGUCUCGGCUGUGAGGGUUUUAGUUGGUGGGUGGAUUGCCAUGGGAAUUACUUACGGGUUGCUCAAGCCUUUCGACAAAGAUGAUGUUGAGUAG